CAGCAGUGCGCAAUUGCGCACGUGCGCAGCUUAGAGGGAACAUUGGCCUGAACAGUAACACAUGAAAGGCAGUCCCGUUCGUUUAUUAAUCACCAGAGGAUGUUGCAUAAAAAGAGAUGACGUGUGACAAAGUCAAGGGUUAAAGGUGGGAAGGUGUUUUUGAUGUUGUUGUUUUUGCCACAACAAAGGAACGACUGCAGGUGUCAGUAAGUUGCAGUAUUUCAGCAUCUAGCCCUACUGAAGAGGAGCGAGCAUAAGUAAAGGGAGUGACUUUAUUUAAGUGUCAGGUAAUUUCAAAUGCAAUGUUUCUAUCAGCUCAACAAACAGUUUGUCUCACAGUGUGUUGCAGCUAAAGGUCCAGCUGCUGUAUUUGACAGGGAGAGAAAAGAAAGAGCGCUAAGUUCACUCAGAGAUGGAGAAAGGUAAGAAAGAAGGACAGAAGAGGAAGAAGAGGUUAGAUGGAAAGGUUGGUCCAGUGCAGUGACCCUGGAAUCACAGCUGUUCCCAUUAGUGUCCCAGCUGACACGGUCAAACUUCGUCUAGAAAAGACGCUGAUCUCCAAGGUGUCCAGGGCAGCCUUCUACAACCUGUCAGAGCUGCGGUUCUUAUGGCUAACUUAUAACUCAAUAACACUGAUCCACCCAAGCAGCUUUGUCAACCUGAAAGCCCUGCGAGAGCUCCGUCUUGAUGGGAACCUCCUAACAUCCUUUCCCUGGGAGGGGCUCAGAGACAUGCCCCGUCUCCAGACUCUGGGUCUACAUAACAAUCGUUUGUCCAGUCUUCCAGCCCAUGCUGCUCUCUUCCUUCCUAACAUCACAUAUCUGGAUCUGUCCAGCAACAGGUUGACUAUAUUACCGGCUGAGCUGCUGGAUCUUUGGUUUCCUCUUCCAGGACAAAGUGAAGGGCAAGUGGAAAGAAGAAUUUUGGGUCUCCAUGACAAUCCCUGGUUGUGUGACUGCCAGAUCUCCAUGCUGAUGUCUUUGUCCAUGACCCUGGGGAGUACUGUAGUUCUUAUGGACCAGUUGCUGAUGUGCAGUAAGUCUCUGAGUCAGUCAGAGUUGCUGCAGACCCAAGCUGAGCUGUCCCGCUGUAUGAGGCCUUCAGUCCAGCCUGCGGCCACCAGGGUAAUUUCCCCAAUGGGCAGCAAUGUAAUCCUACGUUGUGACGCCACUGGCUACCCAACGCCAACACUGACUUGGAUUAAAACCUCAACCUACACAAAUUGUUGCCAACACGACAACCUUGACAACUCUGAACAGCUGCCUAGGAUUUUGGAGAGUUUUAUGCAGGAAUCUCCGCGAGUGGGGGUCCGCUGGUCGAUUAUCAGCCUGAAUGGGUUAUCAUACAAGGAUGCUGGUGAAUAUCGCUGCCAAGCCCGGAACAUGGCAGGAAUUUCUGAAGCCCUGAUUAAACUGAAGGUCAUGGGAAUCACAAAACUACCCCAUCUUCCAAAGAAGUCCAGAAAGAUUUCCUCCAAAUCCCCAUCAAAGUACAGGAAACCAUACCAGAUCUCAGCUAUCACCAACGUCCCCUCAGUGAAGGAUAAUCAGAUACUAUCAAGUAUCACACCAUUUUCCAAUAACCAGGCCAAGAAACCUGAAAGCCUCGUGACUUUUUUGGAGCAGAUGAGUACGUUAGAAAAUACUAAAUGAAAUCAGCAGAUGCAAAGAGAAAGGAACAUAAUAUAGAUCUAGUCUGUGGCUACCUGACAAUUCUAAUUUGAUUUACUGUUGCUGAAGUUUCUCAGUGUUUGUUACAGAGCGGAGGGCAUGGUGGUGGGAAAACAAAGGAAAUAAACUUUACUGUUUGUAAAGCUCUAGUGUUGCAGCAAUUAAUGUGAAUU